AUGACCUCCGUCUCCUCCGUCCUGUGCACUCUGGUGCUGCUCUCCGAGCUGAGCAGCCGCUCGGUCGCCGUCGCCAUGCCGGCGUCCAAAGGAGAAGACGGCGUGCGGGAGCAAGACGGCUUCUUCCUGGGUGCCGGGCCCCUGAUUGAGCCCCUCGCCUACGGACAGAACCUCGUGCUGGACACCGACGCGAGGGAUGAAGGCGAGAGCCCGAAACUCAUCGUCGUCUCGGACAUGAGGCUGAAUGGACGCGUCCGCGGCCUCAACCCGGCCUUCAGUCGGAGCCUCCCUCUGCUCAUGGACCAGAGCUUGAGCUUCGCUCCGGCCGUGCACGGCUUGAAGGUCGAGCGCAGGAACGCCGACAUUAAUAUGCUGCGGUGUAUGAUUGGAAGAGUGUACCGACCCUGCUGGAAUGAAUAA